AUGAUACCAAAGGUACCAUGGCUGCGAGUAAUGGUCUCGUGUUGGUAUAUUGAAUGCUCCAGUCGGUUCGACCUCUUUGAGGGAUAUGGUAAGGAUUUGGCAGCACACACCAUGGUUUGCUCUGCUCCUGUUUAUCUUGAACACAAUCCUGCCCAAGCUAAUUCUUACACAACGUUGACCAGCAUGGCACUCACCAAUAAUGAAUGGACCGUCGGCCUACCUGCCGACUUCGCCAAGAACUUGUUCGAAAGUGGAGAACAUGCAGACAUGGUCAUCAAAACUCCCACUCACGACUUCAAAGUCCACCAAGCCUGCGUCAGCGCCAGAUCGCCUGAGCUCGCACGGCGCGUGGCAAGCGCACCAAUCCAAGCUAUCGGCGAUCUCCGAGGGCCACUUCUAUUCAUUGAGGAUCCUGAACUCACUAACAGUCACAUGAGCUGCGAAGACACGAUUCAAGUCGUGCUACGAUGGAGCUAUGGCCUGUCGAAUCCUUCGCUGCAGCUCCCACAUGGUCAUACUGCUGAUGAUAUCGUGGAGAAUUUUAUGAGGAUACUGCCCGUCAGAAACGCAGCAGCCAUGUACGGCAUAGACGAUUUCUUGCACUAUGCUUCUAGCAUCAUCAAAAAGAGGCUUGAAAGCUGUCAGUCAAUUGCGCAUUUGGUGAAAAACGUGUGUGGCACUGUGGAGACAACUUUCUGGAGUCGAAGAAGCAGAGGAGAUGUUGGAAGCAAGAUUUGA